CCCCUCUCCGCCCACCUACCUGCGAUCUCCUCCAGCUGUUUGCUGCUACCGCGUCAUGAGGAAUGUUUUGUGUCUGUGAAUUGAUCACAUCCUCCUCCUCCUUCUUCUUGUCUUCUUCUUCUGCUUCGGUCUCGCUGCGCAUGCGCGCUGAUACCGGAAACCAGAUGCAUUUUCCAUAUGUAUGGGAAAUAGAUUAGACAAGGGCAGCUGCUAUUUCUGCUGCUGCUACCUGCGGAACAGAGCUAUUGGAAAACAACAAAGAUAAGAAAGUGUGUUUGUGAUCGUUGUUUGGGACUAAACAGACGCAUGAAGCCGCCAGCAUGUGUGCGGUGUUUGUAGCAGUGAACCGGACAUUGCUGCUCAGCGUGUCUCGACCUGUGCUCAGAAUGACCAUCCACAGUCGGACUUUGGUGUCUGCCAGAGGUUUUUCCCAGACCACAAGUCAGAGAAACCAGCAGAAAUGGGAUUUGUCUCCAGGAGAGAUCAGGACCAUGACUGACGACCUGAUUAACCAAGUGAAAAAGGUCUACGAUGACAUCGGCUCUCUGAACGUGGAAAACGUCUCAGUUGAAAACACACUGAAGGCCGUGGCCAAUGUUAAACUGGAUUAUGCUUCAUCACGCCAUUUUCUUGACUUUCCACAAUACGUCAGUCCUGCGAAGGAGGUGCGCUCAGCGAGCACCGAAGCAGACAAAAAGCUGUCGGAGUUUGAUGUGGAGAUAAGUAUGAGGGAAGACAUUUUUGAACGCCUCACUGCCUUGCAGAAGAAGCACCAGGGUGACCUUUCACCUGAGGAAAAGAGAUUCCUGGACAGACUUGUCACAUUAGGAAAGCGGAGAGGACUGCACCUGUCUAAAGAUAUACAGGAGGAGAUUGAAAGACUUUCCAAGCGAAUCAGUGAACUCUCCAUUGAAUUCACCAGCAACUUGAAUGAAGACACCACGUCUCUUGUGUUCCACGAGCACGAACUGGGUGGCCUUGCAGACAGUUAUCUCAAAGGACUGGAGAGGACAGCCAAUGGACAGUAUAAAGUGACACUUGAAUACCCUCAUUACUACCCCCUGAUGAAGAGGUGUCACAAUCCUGAGACCAGGAGGAAGAUGGAAACUGCUUUUCACAGCAGGUGUAAAGAGGUAAACACACCCAUCCUCGAGCAGCUAAUACAACUGAGGGCGAAGGUCGCAGACUUACUUGGUUACAGCAGUCACGCAAAUUAUGUUCUGGAAAUGAACAUGGCUAAGAAUGCCAGAAAUGUGUCUGACUUUCUAGAUACUUUCUACGACACACUAAAGCCAGUUGGCGUCAAGGAGAGGAAGUACAUACUUGCACUGAAGAAGAGAGAGUGCCUCAUGAAAGGCUUGCACUUUGAUGGGAAGAUCAAUGCCUGGGAUUUGCCCUACUACAUGAAUCAAGUGGAGCAGUGCAAGUUUGCUGUAAACAAAGACAAGCUAAUUGAGUAUUUUCCUCUGGACGUGGUGACAGAGGGACUGUUUGGUAUUUACCAGGAGCUGCUGGGUCUCACGUUCACCAAGGUGGAACACCCUCACGUGUGGCACGAAAAUGUCAAGCUUUAUUCAGCCUGUGACACUGAAACAGGAGAAGAGGUUGGCCAAUUCUACCUGGACCUGCAUCCAAGGGAGGGGAAAUACGGCCAUGCAGCCUGCUUUGGGCUCCAGCCUGGCUGCAGAGGACCUGAUGGAAAACGCAGGCUUCCUGUUGCAGCUAUGGUUGCCAACUUUACCAAACCCAGAGAAGGCUGGCCCUCUCUCCUGCAGCACCACGAAGUUGAGACUUAUUUCCAUGAGUUUGGGCAUGUGAUGCAUGAGCUCUGCUCUAAGACAACAUUCUCGGAAUUUAGUGGGACCCUGGUGGAGACGGACUUUGUAGAAGUGCCCUCACAAAUGCUUGAGAACUGGGUUUGGGAGAAGGAACCUCUGAGGAGAAUGUCUCGACACUACAGAGACGGCAGCCCGAUCCCGGAUAAUUUGCUAGAAAAACUGAUUGCCUCCAGAGUGGCCAACACUGGUCUGAUGAACCUGCGUCAGGUCGUCCUCAGUAAGGUGGACCAGUCGUUACAUACCAGCUCUUCAGCAGAUACAGCAGACGUGUUUGCUAAGUAUUGUGAGGACAUCCUGGGUGUUCCUGCUACAGCCGGCACAAACAUGACGGCCAGUUUCAGCCACCUGGCUGGAGGAUAUGAUGGUCAGUACUACAGCUAUCUGUGGAGUGAAGUCAACUCUAUGGACAUUUUCUUCAGUCGCUUCAAAAAGGAAGGCAUUAUGAAUCCCAAGGUUGGAAAGGAGUACAGAAGAGUGAUCUUAGAAGCUGGCGGCUCUGUGGAUGGAAUGGACAUGUUGGAAACAUACCUUGGUCGUCAACCAUGUCAGGAAGCUUUCUUUCAAUGUAAAGGCCUGACUAAGUCCCAUGAAACAUAGUUACUGUAAUCUUUUUACUUUGUCCAAAUGAUUGUUUUCAGAUGUGUUUGAAGUUAAAAAAACAAAACAGUUUAUAGUUCUAUAAAUAUACAGUAUAUUAUUACUUCUAGUAUUAUAAGUACUAUAAGUGUUUAUACUUUUUCAUUGAGUGUGUGUUCCUUUUUAAGAAUAAGAUUGACAUUUGAUACUGUAGUUACAAUUAUAUAAAUAUACAUUUUAAAAUAAAACU